GUCGCCGCACUGAGAGAGGCCAGGGUUGCCUGCGAUCUCGAAGUCAUCGUGACUAGCGUCUCUUAACUUCAACACUUCGUUUUAUCAACCACCUACUCAGGUAUCCUUUCUACUAAGGAGUCUACGUACAAUGGACACCAAUGUUUCUUGCGCAUCGCAGGGCGACGCUGGCGAUUCCGCCUUCGGCCCGGUGAUGGAUCCUUGCGUCCGCAAGUUCGACUUCUCGCUCUUGUCGAUCCUCCCAUCGUCAAUUUUCAUCAUUCUGGCAGCUUUGAGGAUAUUCUCCCGUCGCUCGGUACAGCACAAGGUCGCAAACAACACGUUUCGCCUAGUAAAGCUGGCCUCAAUCCUGGCCUUCACAGCCAUCUCUCGUCUUCGUGGCUGGACUCUCCUUCACAGAGCACUCGAGAUCGCUCAGCCCGUUCCUGCUUCUGAGAAUGCAUUUCUAGUCCUGUCCACCAUCUUUGAUGCCGUUCGCCUCCGAACCCUGUGGGUCAAAUCCGUCGGAACCCCCAUCGUCGCGCUCUCAACUGCGGCCUUUGGCCUGAAGCUCGCGCUUCUCGUGCAGGAGGAAGCUAGUAAAAAACGAUGGAUAGUCGGCGAUUCGAGCGAGUGUAGCUCCGAGGAGACUGCUGGACUCUUCAACCGUGUCGGGUUCCAUUGGCUCAACAGUCUGCUUUUCAAUGGCUACAACUCUCCGCUAUCGAUUGACAAGCUACCUGUCAUUGAUAGACAGCUUCUAUCUGAUUCUCUUUGGAACCGAGUUGGACAAAAGUGGAGGAACUCGCCCAAGACGGGAAACAAUGCCUUGCUGGGAACUAUCUUCUCGGCUCUGAAGUGGCCCAUCCUGGCACCUGUUCCUGCAUACAUGAUCCUCGUUGGGCUCCAGCUCGCACAGCCAUUCAUGAUCAGCAUCAUCAUGGCCUACCUCGCGAGCCCUGUUGACCACACCGAGGACCAGAGGAACAUCGGAUACGGGUUGUUCGGAGCCUAUGGCUUGGUCUACAUCAGUAUUGCGGUUGUGACUGCAGGAUGCCAACACCUCGUCUUCCGGUACGCCACCAUGAUGCGUGGCUGCCUCGUACUCCUGAUCUAUGAGAAGACAACCUCCAUGAGCAUCACUGGCGCCGAGGAGGCUGCUGCGGUCACGCUGAUGAGCACGGAUAUCGAGAGAAUCGUCAACGGCAUGUCCAAGAUUCACGAGAGCUGGUCGACACUUCUCCAGAUGGCUGUGGCCCUUGCCUUACUGUACAGACAACUCAGAGUGGUUUUCAUCGUUCCUCUUGUGCUUUUCUUGAUUUGUGCUGUUGGUGCGGGAGCUUUGUCGGGUUCCGCUGGGGCUUUCCAGGCGUCCUGGAUGGCGGCUAUUCAAAAGAGAGUCGGGGUCAUUUCUUCUGUUUUGGGAGCUCCCAAAGGCGUCAAGCUGUCCGGUUUCACCGACAAGAUGUUCCAAAUCAUCCAAGACCUGCGUUUGAAGGAAAUCGCGUCCGCAGCAAAGUUCAGGACCAUGUUGCUUGUCAUUGUCACCCUGUCGUAUGCGCCUGGUUCCAUCUCCCCAGUGGUGACCUUCGGCGCAUACACGGCCAUCGCGCAAAAGGACCACACCACACUUGACUCGAAUCGCAUCUUCACGUCCCUCGCCCUGCUUGCCCUCGUCACGCAACCUCUCAACGAGCUGUUUGCGCAUCUCCCCAACAUCAUUGCCUCCAUCGCAUGCUUCGGCCGUGAGUCCAAGAAGCAGCCCAAGUUCAAUGAAACCACCAUCUUAGAUCCUCUAGUCAGCGGAAAUGCCAUCGAAAUUCGUAGUGCCAAGUUCGGGUGGAAGGCAGAUGCGGACCCAGCCUUGACUGACCUCACGUUGGACAUCCCCCACGGAAAGCUCACAAUGAUUGUCGGUCCCGUCGCCUCUGGAAAGUCAACCCUCCUCAAAGCCAUUCUGGGCGAGACUCCGGUUGCAGAGGGGACUAUCAACCGGGCCUCUGAUAACAUCGCCUUCUGCGACCAAGUUCCCUGGCUAACCAACGAAACUCUCCGUCGGAACGUCACUGGCUUCUCUCACUUUGAGGCUUCUUGGUAUAGCACCGUAGUCCGAGCUUGUGCUUUGGAGGAAGACAUUGUGACCUUCCCGGAUGGCGACCAGGUCAUGGUCGGCAGCAAGGGUGUUACCCUCAGUGGUGGCCAGAAGCAGCGAGUGGCAAUUGCCCGCGCUGUUUACUCGCGACGUGAUAUCAUCCUGUUCGACGACGUCUUCAGCGGCCUCGACUUCGAGACGCAGACUCGUGUCUUCAACAACCUCUUUGGAGCAUCUGGUCUCUUGAGACAACGCAACGUCACUGCACUCUUCGUCACUCACGCAGUACACAUACUCCCUCAAGCAGACUACAUCAUCACUCUGGACCAAACCGGCAUGAUUGCUUCUCGUGGAACGUUUGAGGAGCUCAACAAGCAGCCCGGCUACAUCAGCAAGUUCGGCCUGGUCACCAAAGAAGACACAGUCCAGCGCGGGGCCGUGAAGGAUGACAGCAAAUCCGCUUUCAAGCCUGAACAGAGGGAGAAGACCGCAAACAGCAGCAUUGAUGAGGAGACACAGCGCAUGGGUAAUCGUUCGGUCGUCUGGGUUUUCCUGACAAAGUUCCCCGAAAUUUGGCUUUCUUGGUGGGGUGAGGCGAACGACAGACAUCCUAAUCAGGAGACCGGGAAGUACAUGGGAGUCUAUGCCACUCUACGAGUACUCCCGCUUGUUGCGUUGGCCGCGACCUGCUGGCACGUCGUACUCAGAAUGGCCGUGGCUUCUGGUAUCAAACUUCAUUGGAUUCUCCUCGAGAAGGCCCUCCGGGCACCUCUGUCCUUCUUCGCUACAACUAGCACUGGCUCCAUCGUCAACAAAUUCAGCCAGGACAUUCAGUUGAUCGACGCCGAGCUGCCGAUCUCUCUCCUCAAUGUUGCUGCCAACGGACUCAUCUGCAUUGCACAAGCUUUGAUGAUUAUCCCCGCCUCUUACCAGCUCAUUGCAGUCUUCCCGUUCCUCGGCGGCGUACUCUGGAUUAUUCAAAGAUUCUACCUGCGGACGUCACGCCAGCUUCGUUUCCUGGAGCUCGACGCCAAGGCCCCCAUGUACUCCCAAUUUCUCGAGACCCUAAGCGGACUCUCCACAAUCCGCGCCUUCGGCUGGCAACAGGACCUCACGAACCUCAUGCGAGACCGCCUCGACACCUCCCAGAAGCCAAUGUACCUCCUCUACAGCAUCCAGCGCUGGCUCACCCUCGUACUCGACCUCACCAUCGCCGCCCUCGCUAUCGUCCUCAUCUCCGUCGCCGUCGCCCUGCGCGGCCGCCUCGGCGCGGGCUUUGCCGGUGUGGCCCUGCACAACAUCAUGGGUCUCAGCAGCGCCAUGAAGGCGACCAUCACCGUCUGGACUGUCCUCGAGACUUCGAUUGGUGCCUUUGCGCGCGUAAAGACUUUUGCGGAGCAGACGCCUGCUGAGAGCCAGUUUCAGGAGCCUCAGACGCCGCCGGGUUCUUGGCCUGAGAGGGGGGCGAUUAGCUUCCAUAAUGUCACUGCUUCGUAUGGUAAGGGCGUCGAUAACGUUUUUUCAAAGGUUUCCUUUAGCGUUUUGCCUGGCCAGAAAGUUGGGAUAUGCGGUCGAAGCGGAAGUGGCAAGAGUUCUCUCCUGCUCACCCUUCUCCGCCUGAUUGACUGUAACGAGGGACAAGUCAUCAUCGACGGCGUCGACAUCGCGACCAUGCCGCGCGAGGUCCUGCGUCAGCGACUGAACGCGCUUCCUCAAGAGCCUCCCUUCUUCAGCGGCAGCGUGCGCCUCAAUUGCGAUCCCGAAGGUACGACUUCGGAUGGGAUCAUCACCGAAGCGCUCCGCGCCGUCGGUCUCUGGGAGAAGCAGGUGUUUUGCCUGGCGAGAGGUAUCUUGCGCCCGUCGAAGAUUGUGGUCAUGGAUGAGGCUACUAGCAGUGUUGAUGUCGACACGGAGAAGAAGAUGAUGAAGAUCAUCCACGAACGGUUCGCCGACGCAACCAUCAUCUCGGUGGCUCACCGUCUCGACACCGUUCUCGACUUUGAUAAGAUUGUUAUCUUGGACAAGGGUGUCAUUGUCGAGGAGGGCUGUCCCGCUGAGCUUCUCGGUCGGGCGUCUGCUUUCCGAGCCCUCUACGAAACAUUCCACACCUGAAAUCUGCCGACGCUGAAGUGAAGAAGGGCUUUUGAACUUGCGUGAUAUGUCGCGUACUCUCGGGGGUCGAUGGAACAUCGGUGUUGGUACGGAUGUUCAUUCAGGACUUUUCAUAGGACUUGAGUGUACAGGAAUAGUUGAAUGGAACAGUUUCUUUCUCAUUCGCCCAUCUCCUAUUUUCAUGUGGUGACGUG